AUGAAGACGAUAAUAGUUGUUAUACCAUUGUGUCUCUUGCUAAUUACCACAAGUGUGGAAGGUGGUAAAGGACUAGGUGGUCUUGGCGGAAAAGGUGGUGGUCUAGGACUUGGAGUUCUUUUGGGAUCAUUACUUGGCGGCUUGGGAGGGGGAGGAGGAGGAGGAUUGAGCAUAAUACCUCUACCUUUGCCACUACCACUCCCGCUUCCAAUUCAGUCUGAAAAAACUGUCGUGAAAAGCUACCCGAUACCUGUCCACACACCUAUUCACUAUCCAGUGCCUUAUCCAGUUUACCUCCACAGCCAUAGUCACAGCCAUCUUCAUACUCAAAGUUACGGAGGUGGUCACGGAGGGUAUGGUGGAGGUGGUCAUGGAGGAUACGGUGGUGGUGGUCAUGGAGGAUAUGGUGGAGGUGGUCAUGGAGGAUAUGGUGGAGGUGGUUAUGGAGGAUAUGGUGGUGGUGGAUACGGAGGUGGUCAUGGAGGAUAUGGUGGAGGUGGUUAUGGAGGAUAUGGUGGGGGUGGAUACGGAGGUGGUUAUGGGGGUUACCACUAA